UGUUCCUAGUCUAUGUUCAUGUAUCCGAAUGGUGCUCAACCUUUACAUAUGGACAUUUUGAAUGAUUAUUCAAACCUCUUUCUUGUUUAUAGAGACUAGAGAGAGCUCUACAAUUUUUUUUUUAUUUUUUUAAUUUUCAAAUGAAACUAUAUAGACUAUAUAUUUGAUGUGAAACUAUGGAUUCGAGCCCGGAAUCCCUUUGCUUGCAAGAAAAAUGGGAAAAGAAAAGAAAGAGUAGAACUGAGGGAAAAAAUGUCCAAUAUUCUAGGAUUCACCAAGGGUACGUACUAUGGUAACAAAAUAGUUCCAUAGACAGAAGCUAUCUUUAAUGUUUAAUUACAUGCCAAAAUGAUACAAUAAACAGCACCAAAAAGUCAAAAUCAACAAGUAUAAUGACAAAUCACUGCAUAGAGAACUUUCAGUCCUAUCAACCAUGUUUCUUUCCAAUUCCAUAUAUUUCAUAUAAUUUUGCAAAUAGAAUUGACCAGUUAUGGGGGAAUAAUUCUUUUUCCUUUUGCUAUUGAUACGUUAAAGUUUACUAAAAAUUGUGGAGGAAGUAAGUCUACGACACUAAUGUGUUUUUUUAAUGCUAAAAGGCUUCUUUGAUACUGCUGGAAUAUCUACUGUUUGAGCUGGGAAAUUAAUUAUGGCUCUAGAAAUAAUCGUUUCUGUUGUUGGGAAGCUCAUUGAGUACACAAUCGAUCCACUUUUGUGCCAAUUCAAGUAUAUGUUCUGCUACAAAAGGAAAAUUCAAACUUUGGUGGAUAAGGUGAAAGCUCUUGAAACUAAGGAAUUUGAGGUGCAAGAAUUGGUUCAUAAAGCAAAAAAUAAUGUGGAAGUUCUUAAACCUGUUGUUGUAGAUUGGCUGCAAAAUGUUGAUGAAAUAAAGAAAAAGGCAAAUGAAGUUUUUAAUGGUGCAACAAAUUUUGACAUCCAGUGCCUAUUCCUUCGAUGUCCAAAUUUGAAGACCCGUUACUUGCUAGGCAGAAAAGCCACAAAGAAGACCGUUGAAGUUGCUAAGCUCCAAGAGGAAGGUACAUUGUUUCAAAAGGUGGGCGAACCUAAACCACUAGUGCAAAUACCUUAUCAAAAUCCCGGUGAUUUUGGAGUUUUCGAAACAAGGAUUUCAACUAAAAAGAAAAUCAUGGAUGCUCUAAAGGAUAAAAAUGUCAGCAUAAUUGGGAUCUGUGGCAUGGGUGGAGUAGGUAAGACGACAAUGGCAAAAGAAAUAGCUAAAGAAGCCAAAGUUGACAAAUUAUUUGAUGAGUUUGCAUGGGCAGAUGUAUCUCAAGUUCCAAAUGUAAUUAAAAUUCAGGAUCAACUUGCUGGAAAUCUCGGUUUGAAAAUUAAAGAUAUUACUGAUAAAUAUGUAAGAGCCGAACGAUUUCGUGAAAGACUUGGAAGUGAUAGAAGUAAGAGCAUUCUUGUAAUAUUGGAUGAUGUUUGGGAGGAUAUUGGGUUGGAAGCUAUAGGAUUUCCUUUAGCAGAGGAUGAUAAAAGGUUGAAAAUUCUAUUAACAUCACGUGAUAAAGAUGUGUGCGAGAGAAUGAAAGCUCAAAGGAUUUUCGAUGUCAACAUUUUAAAUGAAAAAGAAUCGUGGGAACUUUUCAAGGAAAAGGCAGAAAUUUCUGAUGAUGUAGCAAACAAUAUAAAGGGUACAGCAGAAGAAGUUACAAAGGAGUGUGGAGGCUUACCUCUCACACUUGUGACUGUAGGCAGAGCCCUCAAUAAAAAAGCAGAACAUGUAUGGAAGAAUGCACUUGAAGAACUACAAAAUUCUAGAGUGGCCAAUAUCAAAGGAGUGCAAAAGUUGGUAUACUCAAGGAUAGAGUUAAGCUACAACUAUCUAGAGAGUGAUGAAGCCAAGUCCUUGCUUCUGCUCUGCUCUUUGUUUCCAAAAGAACAUGAAAUUUCAACUGAUGAUAUAGUUAGAUAUGCAUGGGGGCUAGAGUUGUUUAAAGAUACGACGACAUUAAUUACAACUAGAUAUAAGGUAAACUCGAUUGUUGAUAAUCUGAAAAGUUGCUAUUUACUGCUCUCAGCUGAUAUUGAGGGUGUAAGAUUGCACGAUGUUGUAAGGGAUGUAUGCUUACAAAUUGCAUCAAAAGACAAGCGUGCAUACAUUGGUUUAAAGGAAUGGCCAAGACGUGAUAACAAUGAAUUGUACAAUGCAAUUAGUUUGACUUCAAAUGAGUUGAACCAGCUUCCCAGUGGGUUAGAAUAUCCAAACCUAAAGUUUCUACUAGUGAUAUGCAAUCAACAAUCACUGAACACAUCCAAAGAAUUUUUUGCCGAUAUGAAGGAACUCAGAGUUCUUGAUUUCACUGGUCUAAGUAUUCAAAUUCCAUCAUCAAUCCAAUUGUUAACCAAUCUUCGAACUUUGUGCUUGGACAAUUGUACAUUAAACAUUGAAAAUUCUACUAUUGGGAAUCUAAAAAAGUUAGAAGUUCUCAGUUUUUAUUGCUCUGAUCUCGAUCACUUCCCUGAUGAUAUAGGACAACUUAGCAACCUAAGGUCAUUGGAUUUGAGGUUCAACCAGAACUCUAGCUGUUCUCAAGUUCCAUAUGGCAUCUUAUCGCAGUUGAAGAGAUUGGAAGAACUAUACAUGGGUGUCAUUGGAAUAAGAGAAGAUGAACUUGAACAACGAAGGUACAUUAUUAAUGAGAUAAGUUCAUUGACGGAUCUUAAUACUUUCCAAAUCAUCACAAACGAUCCUCAGUUUUUGUUGGAAUUAUUAAAAGAUAUGUGCAUUGAGAAACUGGAAAGAUUUCAUAUCGAAUUAAUCGACCUAGAGUAUGCUCGUGAGAACAUCAAGGAGUAUUACUAUUUUGGAAGGAGAUUGCAUAUACAUGGCAUCACUUAUGCUAACGUGCUUUCACAACCAGCAAUUAACUCAUUGAUGAGGAGAUCUAACCAUCUGUCUAUAGAAAUGGACUUGAAUAAUCUUAAUGAUCUUUCUCUACAAGUGAUGGAGACGAAGAAUAUGUUAGAUGAAGAUGGCUUCGAGUAUCUGAAUGGAAAUCAUCCAACAGGAGCAUUUGAUGGAUUACAAGAGAUAAAUCUAAAUGGCAUACCAAAAAUGAAACAUCUGUUUAGGGGUGUCAUCAAACCUCCAUCACUCCACAACCUUAUGUUUCUUACUAUUAGAAGUUGCCCCUCAUUGAAAAGCCUAUGUUUUCAGUCAGUUGUAUUAUGCAUGGUGAAUCUCCAAAGUUUAUGUAUCUCCAAUUGUGAGAUGUUAGAGGAAAUUGUUUCGAUGGACAUGGAACAAAAUGAAAUUGCUGAGAUGCUUGUGUUCCCAAAACUACAGAGAAUUGAACUUCAGGAAUUGAGAAAUAUUAGGAGCUUCAGAUGUGGAUCUAACAAGACCGUCGGUGUGCUUAGUCCACUGUUCAAACAGGUUACAUUUCCUAACUUGGAGGUGUUGCACAUUAAUGGACUGGGCCGUAAUACGAAAAUAUUGGAUGAACUAAGGCAAAUCAGAUCCCAUAAACUAACAGAAUUGAGUGUGGGACAAUUGGAUGAUGUAUACAUUCUGUUUGACUUUGAGUAUAAAAAAGAUGAUGCAGAAAUUAGUAUUCUUAGUCAAUUAACAUCAUUGACUGUGGCAUCUCUACCCGAAUUAGUGCACAUUACAAGGAUGGUUCCUAAAGGAAUUUAUAUCUUUGAGAAUUUGAGACAACUUUUUAUUGGAGUAUGUCAAAACUUAAGGUACUUAUUCUCACCUUCAAUGGCUAAUUCGCUUGUGGCUCUGGAAAGUUUGUGGGCUCUGGGAUGUAUAGAACUUGAAGAGAUUGUUGGAAGACAAGAAGAAGAAAACACUUCAAACAUCGAAACUGUGGAAGAAGGAACGACAAGCAGAAUUGUGUUUCCGAAAUUGAGAAACCUAGGAUUUCUUCAUCUUGAUAGAUUCAAACUGCUUUCCUCUCAAAACUAUGAAUUCGUGUUCCCUUCACUAGAGUAUCUGCACGUUGAAAAUUGUCCUAUGAUUACGAAAUUGCAUCCAAGGCAACUAAGUGCACCAAAACUUGAUAAAGUAUGGAUAAACUUUGAACAAUCCAUUGAUAUUUCCAAUUUCUUGGAUUUUGAAGGCUCAACAUAUAUGUGAGAGGGCCACAAAUUUGUUGACACUUCCAGUAUUGUUUACGAUGCAGUGACAGAAUGAGGCGCAGAUAGAAAAUUGGUUAUUGGUGUCUGGAUGGAUGGAUGAUGACAGCUCCAGGCAACUUCGAAUUUCGAUUAUUGCUUUCUAGGCUUUUAGUUCUGAGGGGGAUUCAGUUUCAACUGAAGGUACAAAACUUGGAAGUCGAAGGUUCGUGAAACUUUUGUUGAAGCAAUUUGUUGGCUUUUUAAUCCGAAAUUCAGUACUGAGGGGGAUUCUUGUAUCCUAAAGCUUUUAUUUGUUUUGGUCCUAUCGAUGUGUGAUUGUUUUGGUCCUCCCAAAACUUCAUUUGCGAAGCUUGUUCUCAAGAUGGAACCAGUUAUUUCCUUUUCUAAUGGUGUU